AUCACUUAUUAAAAUCAUAACAGUGAUUGCAAGGCAAGGAUUACCUCUCCGUGGAAAAGAUGAAACUGAUCCAACAGCGGAAUUCCAAGCCAGAUCGAAAAAUGAAGAUGGUAAAAAUUGUGGCAAUUUCCUUGCAAUUGUUAAAUUAGCUGUUAACCUAGAAUGUCCUAACUGUACAAAACGAACUGAUCUAUCUGAUAGCCAAAAAUAUCCAGCAUCAGAUCGUCGACGAUAUAAAAGCUAACAAAUACUUCUCAGUGCUAGCCGACGAGGCUACGUAUGUUAGUAACAAGGAACAGAUGCUCAUAGUUACAAGGUAUAUUUGAUCGUUGAAACCAUUCUAAGCUAUCUCAUUUCCAUUCGCAUAUUGAAAACAAAUAAGGAAUACUACGACAUUCAAAUUAUUCUGAAAAUUUUUGCAACAUACCGUCGACAUUUGUGUGAAUUUUCCAAAUCCAGUUUCCUACUUCUUGUUAUUCUCUACAUCGAUAUAUACUGAUAUAAUUAAUAUAGGGGGUGUUUACUUCAGGUAUGUCAACAUUAGUGGUGACAUAAAAGAAGUUUUCAUGACAAUGGCGGAGUGUCGUUAUGGUGUCUCUGGUGAAGCUUUAUCAAAAACGAUUGUUGAUUCGAUUCGUGAUGUAAAUCCCGAUAUGAACUUAUGUAGAGGGCAGGGAUAUGAUGGCGCAGGAGCCAUGGCGGGUGUUUGUUCUGGUGCUUCGACCCGGAUCUUGGAAAAGUUUCCUAAAGCAAAAUACGUUCACUGUCGCUCCCAUAUGUUGAAUUUAUGUAUUGCUGCUGCAUGUAAACUUCAGAUGGUGAAUCCAGUGAGUUCACAAGUUCUAGAAGAAGUAAUUUCGAAAGUUUGUCCAGAUGCACAACAUAAGGUUAUUUUGAAUGUUUGUCGAACAAAAUGGAUUGGCAGGUUGGAUGCACUCGACUCUUUCGUUGAUUUGUUUUCAGCAGUAUUUUUAACCUUAGAGAAGAUAACAUUAAAUGAAGAUCGAAAAUACAGUCGUAAAAACGUCGAUACUGCUCGGCCUCUUUAUUAUAUCAUGCAACAGUUCGAAUUCAUUGUCGUUCUUGUCAUUGUGCAGAAAACACUCGGAUACACAAGAGGGUUGACAGUAAAACUACAAAGCAGUACAACAGACCUGAUACAAGCUUCCGAAGAAGUGUCAUUGCUCCACCAAACCCUCAAGUUUAUACGAUCCCACAUGGACACUUACUUCGAUCAAUGGUACGGAAAGGCAUUGAAGUGGGCCAACGAGAUUGAAGUUGCAGAAAAAAUCAAACGUCGUUGCAGCAUUCAAAUUUAUCGGAUGGUCCCAAGGAGUACUAUAAACGAGCUCUCGCCAUACCGUUCUUAGACCACAUCAUUCAGCAGUUAGAAAUUCGAUUCACGAUCUUUAGUGGUUUCGGUAUUAUGCCUAAUUAUAUAUUUUCUGAUGAAGGGAAAAUGGAGGAAUUAGCGGAUGAACCUAACUGAAAGGUUAAGGUUAAAGAAUUCGUGCGAUUGUUUGCGAGUGAUAUUCCGGCCCAAAGUAACAUAUACGCCCAGUUGCAUAUGUGGGAGAUAUUUUGGAGAAACUAUCAAGGUGCUCUACCAACAGAUAUUACCUCUUUAAUCAAAACCACAAAUAGGCAAACAUUUCCAUCGAUCCAUGAAUUCUGGCUACAAUUCCUGUAACCUCGUGCACUUGCGAGAGAAGUAUCUCUGGGCUAAGGCGUUUAAAAACUUGGAUGCGAAACACGAUGUCGGAGGAAAGGUUGAGCAGCCUAGCAGUUAUUAUGUUCAACAGGUCAAUCACUGUGAACUCCGAUGAAAUAAUAGAUGAGUUUGCUGCACGGAAUAAGAGGCGAAUGGCUUUUUCGAACAUACUUGCUGAUUUUUGUACUUAAAAACUUAAUGUUUAUUUUUACUAUUAUUUAUUGUAAACCAUCAACCUUGUCCCCAACACCGUUUUUUGUAAUUGAACAAAUGAUCGAAGAGAUAAGGUUCGUUUAGACAUGGUUUAUAUGUUUUUAUAUAUUUUAGCUGUAUACUUUUUAUAUAUUUUGUUACUUCUUGUACUCUUAUAUCUUAUUUAUAUAUUUUGUUA